AGCCAGGAAGGAAGAAAGGGUGGCACAGGACAUUUGAAGUUGGGGGUUGGGGGACAGUGCUGAGGAGGGUUCAGUGCUGGGAAGCAAUAUUAACUGUUAUGGUCCAAACCCUCACCUCAACCCCAAUACUGACUCUGGUCCCAUUCUACUUGGUUUCAUCUCUGUCUUACUUACUAUGAGCUCCCUGAGGGCAGGACUCCGGGCUCAGCUCUUCUCUACAUUAAUAGUCACUUCUUACCCCCAAGAUAUUGUGGUCAUACCAGGACUUGCCAAGAGGAAAGCUGAAGAGAUGCACUUAGAUUAUCCAGUGCAAUUGCUGCUAUAGAUAAAAGUGCAAGGUGUUCCUCUGACCUUGAGGAACUUAUAGACUAGUUUGGUAGUCAAGAGAGAUGCAGAGAGCAGAGAAAAACAUUAGGUGCUAAAUCUUGGGGCACUGCUUGCUUCAGGAGCUCAGGAAAAGUAUGCUCACAGAAGCUGAGAAGGGCUUCCUCAUAAGGGGAUCCUUUAACCAGGCCCAAGCCUAUAUAGCUGGAAAAACUGGGUCCAUGUAGGAAAUUGUGGAGGAGGCUCACUGGGGCUGCAGGUACAAGGUGAGAGAUGGUGGGAGUUAAGGCUGUUGAGGUGAGGAGAGAAGGGCCGGCCUGCCUAAAGGCCCACCAGAAAGGCAGGCAAAGUGCCCUCUCCUUCUACUGUCCUCCUCUUACCUCCAUCCCAAUCUUGGGAGACCCCAGAAUUUGAACUUUAGAAAUUCUGGAGCCAAAAGACCUGACCUCAAGACCUGGCUCUGCCACUUACUAGCUGUUUGACCUUGGGCAUGCUAUUCACGCUCUGAUCCGCAGUUGGGCCAUCUGUAAGAUGGGGACAGUGCUACCUAAGUCACUGGGUGUUGGGAGGAUUGAGGGAAAUAGUAUCUAUAAAGCACUUAACACUUCCUAGUAUAUUGUAAUGGCCUAAUACAUGGAGGGGUUCUUAUUGUUUUGGGGUAGCCUUUGCCACCAAUGUCAGUGCAGAACUCUGGAUGGCCCCGCCAAGAGGACAGCCCCAACCCCCAGGAGCCAGGUCCACCAGCCAACUCAGACAGUGACUCAGGCUACCUGCCGGGCGAGGACCCUGAGGAUACCUCUGCUCAGGGUCCUGCUGUUCUGGGCCUGGGUUCCCUUUGCCUGGACACCAACCAAGCCCCCAACUGGACUGGGCUUCAGACCCUCCUGCAGCAACUCCCUCCACAGGACAUUGAUGAGCGCUACUGCCUGGCCCUUGGGGAGGAGGAGCUGGCUGAGCUGCGGCUCUUCUGUGCCAGGCGGAAGCAGGAGGCCCUGGGACAGGGGGUGGCCCGCCUGCUACUUCCCAAGCUUAAAGGACACACCUGUGAGAAGUGCAGGGAGCUGCUGAAGCCAGGGGAGUACGGAGUGUUUGCAGCCCGGGCAGGGGAACAGCGCUGCUGGCACCAGCCCUGCUUUGCCUGCCAGGCCUGUGGCCAGGCCCUGGUAAACCUCAUCUACUUCUACCAUGAUGGACAACUCUACUGCGGCCGUCAUCAUGCAGAGUUGCUGCGCCCACGCUGCCCGGCUUGUGACCAGCUGAUCUUCUCUCGGCACUGCACCGAGGCAGAGGGACGGCACUGGCAUGAGAACCACUUCUGUUGCCAGGACUGCGCCGGGCCCCUGGGCGGGGGACGUUAUGCCCUGCCUGGGGGAAGCCCCUGCUGCCCCAGCUGCUUCGAGAACCGCUACUCGGAUGCAGGCUGGAGCUCGGCUGGGGCACUGGAAGGGCAGGCGUUCCUUGGAACAGGGGACACUGGACCCGACCGAACUGAAGGAAGGGACCAAACCUCGCUGAACUCUGUGACCCUCUCCCGAACACUCCUCGCUGCUGCCGGCUGUUCCAGCCUGCAAACUCGGACGGGGCUGCCUGGAUCCAGUCCCCAGCAGGAGAGCCGACCUGGGGACAAAGCGGAAGCACCCAAACGGCAGGAGCAAUGCCGCCUGAAGACUCCUCGUCAUCCCAAGGACACUCCUUUCCCCACUUACUCCUCUUCCUCUGACUCGGAACCUGAAGGCUUUUUCUUAGGCGAGCGCCUUCCCCUGUCCUGGAAGACCCCCGGAAGCCUCCAAGCAGAGGACAGCAACGCCUCUAAGAAGCACUGCACCGUGUGCUAGAGGCGCAGCUCAGAGAAGGGGGUGUGAAUGGGGGAAAAGAAGUCUAUAGAGCGGGAGAACAAGGCUAUCCUCCCCCUAGAAAAAUCCUAGACUGAAACGCAGUCAUGCGCACGCCCAUGAGAGGCGGCGAGGUGACAAGUUUGGAGUGCACCCCCUUCAGCACUGCGUGUUCUAGGACUUCUGGUGGAGAGCUUUUUGGCAAAACCCAUUGUCCAAAGCUACGCUUCCCUUGCUGAGAUAGCCCCCACCCCCACCUCCACAGGCUGGGACAGCCCCGUCCCCACCAUCCUCUUCCCGAGCCAAUUAAAUGAUCACAGCACGCGUGACGGUUACCGGCUGGAGAGCCGGAGGUGGGACGGGGAGCAGGGGACCGUAGAGCUGGGCCGCGCUCCUCCCCUCGUAGAGUUGGUGGACGCGCAGCAGGGGGCCGUCCCUCUCUUCCGAUGUCGGACUAAGAGAACAGCGUCCCCUGCCGACCGGUGGCCACCGGAAGUGCCAGACCGGAGGUGCGUCAUCCGCCGGCGACGCCUAUACGGUUCCUCCAACGAAGUUCGUGCGAAGCUUUCUAUUAUGGCUUCCAGCGGGGUCCCGGUGAGCGCUGCCGGCUCGGCUAAUGAAACCCCCGAAAUACCUGACAACGUGGGAGAUUGGCUUCGGGGCGUCUACCGCUUUGCCACUGAUAG